AUCAAAAUUAAAUUUCUAACUCUUGUCACUUUUGAACUAUAGCAUGGCUCCAACCAAGAAGCUUAAGGGUGCAAUUUCACAAGACAAGGUGUUUUACACCAAAGAGUGGACCAAAGAGGUUGAGAAAGUGUUUGUGGAUUUCUUGAUAGAUCAAAAAAAGAAAGGCUUUUACGAGGUUGGCAGAGUCAACAUGCAUGCUCUCAUGUGUGCAUCGAGCAUGCUGAACGAGCGGUUCGGUAUGACCUUUGACCACAAAUUUAUCAUCGACCGGCUUCGAAAGCUCCGUAAGCGAUAUCACGUCUUCAAGUGGAUGAAAACAUUAAGUGGUGUGGUGUACAAUCCCAAUGGCCAUAAGGUGGAAGCUACUGAACCGACUUGGAACUUCAUUGUGCGUGAAGAAAAGCUAGGCAUGGCUUAUAUGAAGGGAGGUGAACCACUCUUCCCUGAUCUAAAGUUCCUAUUCAACGAAGGUCCGGGAGACGAGAGUGAAAAUGAUGACCAUGAAAUAAUUGACAUUGCCUCGGAUAGUGAUCAUGGAGAUAAUGAAGAUAACGGUGACCAUAAUAACUCUCCAGAUCCCCACUUGCCUCUUGAAAACGAGUCUGACAACACAAACAAUUCGUUUUGGAACGAAUUGGCAUGGUACAACUCCGACAAUGCUAGUGGAUCCACCAUACCUGACCCCGAGAACCCUCCUAGUAAACUAUCAACUACCGAGGAUGUCUUACGCAAGUGUAACCGACACUGGGCUCAUUAUGAUUGGAGCAACAAAGGCAAUGACGUCGACGAUAUCCCUAACAGCUCCACUGCAUCAUCUUCUCCAUUUAAGAAAUAGUGGAGAUGGUACUACCCCCAAGGUGGCGAGCGAUAUAGGUGAGUAGUCUUUAGUUUAUUUCAUUCAAUAACGUUGCCAUGUUCUUUGGUUCUCUGUUCGGGUGUACACGAGUAAGGCUGCAAGUUUGAAGGACGUGGUACGACUAAUUACCUCCUUAAAUUCCUUGAUUGACUGUAGUCAAAUGAGGGUGGAGUUUAGUCAAACGAUGGUAGAGUUAAGUCUAUUUUAAUAAGUCUCGACGGUGUUUCAUAGAUCUUUUAUUGGUUUAUCACCGGCCGGCCAUUUGUUUCGGAUUACUUUAGGUUCCACUUUUGCUGUAACGUGUUUGUUGUGUUUUAAUAGAUUGUCGUCACGCUUCCUUGG